CUCUUGCAGCGGCCACUUAUCUCCCACUCAACGAGUGCUUUAUUUCACAAAAAAUAAAUUCUUUCUUCCACAAUUCCAUGUCCGUCCCGUGAUUCCAACUUUUUGCCUCCAUCUUCCCCCCUCUUCAUCUUCUCCAGUAAACGACACAAUCCCUCCUAUCUCGUGAAGACUUCUCAGCGAUUCCUCAUCUUUUUAAAUCCGUUUGUAAAAUGGAGCCACUCCGACUCCUAUGGCUAGACCCACUUCAAUGGCAGAAACCAACUCGCCUUUCUCUGCGCUCAGUGUUGUACUCCUUUCCCUUCUCCUCCCCUUUCUGGGUUCUGCUCUUACUGCUGGUGGCUCGAUUCUGUCUCCAUUUCCUCGGGAAUAUCAAAGCAAAUAUGGAGGGGUUGCUGCUGCUGUGGGGGCUAACAACAUAAUACUGAAUCCAAGGUUUGAGGAUGGACUCAAGAAUUGGUCUGCAAAAGGUUGCAGGGUCGAGUUACAUGAAUCAAUGGCUGACGGGAAAAUUGUGCCUCAACUGGGGAAACUCUUUGUUUCAGCAACAGAUCGUACUGAAACAUGGAAUGGCAUUGAGCAAGAGCUCACUGGACGUGUACAGCGAGAGGUUGCUUAUGAGGUUACUGCUAUAGCUCGGAUAUAUGGCAACGUUACUGCUGCUACUUUGCAGCUCACUUUGUGGGUUCAAGAGCAAGACCGUCGUGAAGAGUAUAUAUCUAUUGCCAGCUUGCAGGUAACAGACAAAGAUUGGGUGCAAUUGCAAGGGGAGUUCCUUCUUAAUGGCUUCCCGUCAAGAGUGAUUAUAUACUUCGAAGGUCCACCGGCAGGCACUGAUAUUCUUAUCAAUAGUUUGAUUGUUCAGCAUGCUGCCAAAAUGCCUUCGUCAGCCCGCCCAGUUUUCCAGGAUCCCCCAUUUGAUGUGAAUGUGAUUGAGAACAGCAAUCUCGAUGAUGGCACAACUGCUGGCUGGUUUGCACUAGGCAAUUGCUUACUGACUGUGGAAAGAGGUUCCCCGUAUGUUCUCCCUCCAAUGGCAAGAGAUUCACUUGGUCCUCACGAGUCAUUGAGCAGUCAGUACAUGCGAGUAACCAACCGAACCGAGUCUUGGAUGGGUCCUGCACAGAUAGUGACCGACAAACUGAGAGUGUACUUGACGUAUCAAGUAUCAGCAUGGGUUCGAAUCAGUCAUGGAGGCACAACUGGUCCUCAGUUUGUGAAUGCUGCACUGGGAGUUGAUGGGCAGUGGAUCAAUGGCGGUGAAGUUGAAGUGAACGAUGGAAACUGGCAUGAAAUUGGAGGGUCUUUCAGGCUUGAGAAGCAGCCGUCUAAUGCUAUGGUUUAUGUCCAAGGACCUGCAUCAGGUGUUGACUUAAUGGUUGCUGGGCUUCAGAUUUUCGCUGUCAACAGGAAGGCAAGGUUUAGUUAUUUGAGGAAGCAAGCUGAUAAGAUACGCAAACGGGAUGUCGUUUUGAAAUUCUCAGGAUCUGGUCUCAGCAACAGUUCUGUUAGCGUGAAGCAGACGCAAAAUAGUUUUCCUCUGGGUUCUUGUAUCACUAGAACAAGCCUGGACAAUGAAAAUUUUGUCAAGUUCUUGACAGACAAUUUCAACUGGGCUGUGUUCGAAAACGAGAUGAAGUGGUCAUGGACAGAACCUCAACAAGGUACCUUCAAUUACAAGGAAGCGGACGAGAUGUUAGACUUCUGCAAAACCCACAACCUGAAAGUCCGAGGUCACUGCAUCUUCUGGGAAAUGGAGUAUGCAAUCCAGUCAUGGGUUCGAUCGCUCAAUGAAAGUAGCUUAACCAAUGCUGUUGAGAACCGACUUUAUAACCUUCUCACACGGUACAAGGGGAAGUUCGAUCACUAUGAUGUAAACAACGAGAUGCUCCACGGAUCUUUUUACCAGGGGAGAUUGGGUUAUGAUAUUAGAGCCCACAUGUUCAGAACUGCCCACCAGCUCGACCCAUUGGCAGCCCUUUUUGUUAAUGACUAUCACAUUGAGGAUGGAAGUGACGUUGGUUCAACGCCAGAGAAGUACAUCAAACAAGUCCUCGACCUUCGAGAGCAAGGCGCACAAAUUGGAGGGAUUGGUGUUCAGGGGCACAUCGAAGUUCCAGUUGGGUCUAUUGUUUCUUCUGCCUUUGAUAAACUUGGCACUCUUGGACUGCCCGUAUGGAUAACUGAACUUGAUGUGUCUUCCGCCAAUGAGUUUAUCAGAGCCGAAGAUUUGGAAGUAAUGCUUCGGGAAGCUUUUGCUCAUCCUGCUGUGGAAGGUGUGGUUCUCUGGGGAUUUUGGGAGCUGUACAUGUCAAGGAAGAAUGCACAUUUGGUGAAUGCAAAUGGCAAGAUCAACCAAGCUGGGAAAAGGUUUCUGUCUCUUAAAAAAGAAUGGCUGUCUCAAGCCAAUGGGGGGAUUAACGAGCAGGGAGAGUUCAAAUUCAGAGGCUUUCAUGGGACUUAUGUCGUUGAAAUUGUGUCUUCGUCGUCACAGAGAAUCAGCAAAACAUUCAUUAUCGAUAAAGGGAAUUCCCCACUGGUAGUGCCCGUCGAUCUAAUGUGAUUAAAGUUUGAAACUUUGUUGUUUCUGUUUCAAGGAAAAUUUUCAGAGAAGACUUAAAAACUUCUGUCUACUGUUAUGUUUCCUGUGUGUGGGGGGGGGGGGGGGGGGGGGGGGGGGGGGGGGGGGGGGGGGAACUGGGAAGGGUGGGAUAUUGAACGCC